CCCACACCCAGCGAUACAUAUGACCUACUUUGGAAAUACCCAUCCUAAACUCAUCCUCGGCGGACAGGCUCCACGCUCAAGUCCUUUCGCUCUCUUCAACUUUCGAUUUGGACUAGUCCUCGUAACUAGAGGAAGCCCAAGCUUUGUGUCAGACCCCAACAAUGUUUUUCUCCAACGAGCUCCUUUCACAACGCGACAGUGGUUUCGGUUUGCUCUGGCUAGCAGCCACCCUAGGAUCUCGCUCGACGUUCAAGAAGCUUCCUCGCCGCUCAAUCUUGAACGCUGACAUCUCCUCGUUGUGCAGUCUUAUCGAAGAGCCGGAUGAGCCUCUUGCCCUACGACUAUCGAGUAACCUCAUGGUUGGGGUCACGCGCGUCUACGUUGCGAAAUGCGAGAUUUUUGCGGCUGACGUGUCCCAAGUUCACGCAAAUCUCAAAAAGGCCGUAUUCGAGAUGAAGUCCCAUGAAAUCGGAUGGAAAGAUUUGGUCAUGACAACCAGCAGCGUUCGUCCCGGACUUGUUACUCUAUCAGCGAACGAUUCAAUGUCGGGGGAAUUCGACUUGCAAUUCGAUUUAUUUGAGCCUUUUUGGGGAGACAUCACGACUUCCGAUCUGUCCUUCGGAUCCUCCAUCACCCUCGCAUCACCGCGCUCAGAUCUCACACUCACAGAACCUGCGUCUUCCUCUCAAGGUAACCCCCUCACCUUACCAGAGCCCCAAACUCCCGAUAUGAUCCGCCGAGGCGAAACGCCUGCUAGCGCUCAAUAUCACCAUUUCUCAUCCCAACAACAACGUAAUCGCGAUGAUCACAUUCUCAAUGAAGAUCACCUGCUCGUAUACAAUCCUACAUCAGAUGUGUCCUUCGGUGGUUUUGCUGAGAUGGGAGUGGAUGAUGGAUUUCAGUUCGGUGGCGGGGAUAACAUGGUGGGACUUGACUUUGGUGGAUUGGAUUUCGGGUUGGGUCCUGAGGCUUUCGGCGACGGCGAGUCGGCCGUUGGAGCCUUUGGUGUUGAACCUAUGGGGGCUGCUGGAAACCCUUUUGAGAAUUUUGAGAUGGAUUUGGGCGAUAUUGGUUUUGACAUGCAAAACCCACAAGACGGAGGUGCUCAAGCUAGUACGGCUGCUCAGGUAGCUGCUUCAACUGGAGGUAGCCCUGCGAGGAAGCGCAUGCGUGAAGAGUUGGCGGAACCCGGAUCUCCAAAGGUAGAUGCCGAGGCCGCGACAAAGAAGCUGCGCAAGACGAAACCGCUCACUUCUAAGCCCAUUGUUGAUGGCCGUAUCGAGCUGACGGAUGCCGAGUUGAAAGCUUCUCGAGAUCAUUAUGAUCAAGAACAAGAAAGAAUUGCGAGGGAGAUUGAGUGGAAAAAGAGGGACAAGAGGGAAUAUCUAUUCGCGACUCAGGCGAUCUGGGAAGCUCCCAAUAUUUUUUGUGCACCAGAAUUAGUGGAAUUGUGGGAGAAAAUUUAUAGGAAUCAAGUUAUCGCGCACAAGCAUUCCGAGGCCGUCUUCCGCUCACCAGAACCACCUGGCAAGCGUCGAAGAGGGGAUGGUGACGCUGUGAAGAAGGGGUUUAACGUUCGUGAAGAACAACUUGGUAACGAUGUAUUCGGUGACGAGGGGGUAUUCGACCCGAUAGCCAUAGGAGGGGAUAUCGACAUGGGUGACGCGGCUGCGGGUGGUAGACAGACAGGUGUUUUCGACGACAUAACAUUUAAUCCCGGAAGCCAAGUGCAUUCUCGUCAAGUAUCACUCGACACGCCCGAAAUUGGGCGACGUGCUCUUUCUCGCUCACAUUCUGCCCUUGGUCUCGCCUCUCAACGUAGCUCGUUCCUCCCUUGGGAACAAGGCGGAUUCCAGUCUUCCGAUUUUGAUGCGGGUUUCCCUGCUGCGUUAAGUGGUGCUGGUGGAUCGAUGCAAGAUCUCGCUUUUGGUGGGACUCCAGAUAUGCUUCGGAUUGACGGUAGAGGGAGGGGAAGUCAAGAUCUGGGUCGCGAGGGUUCUCUUGGUGCUCCGCCUUCUCGAUAUGCUUCGGACUCUCCUGCGUUCAAGUUCGGUGUUAGUGGGGGAGAGGACAUUGUGAACGUGAGUCCCAAUCUUGGAAUUGGUCGGUAUCAUCAUGCCUCCUCGCCUGUGGUGCUUCAGACUCACGGCAUGGUCAUUCCACGAGAUUCCCAACUUAUUGACUCUCAGCAAGAAUCUCAGCAAUCUCACCUGUCCGACGCAUCUCGUCUCGUCGCACUUGAGCGUAAUGCGCUCAAUUUCUUUGAGUAUACUAAGCAACUACUGGCUUCCAAACAAUCAUCAUCCAUUCGACUUCAAGAUAUCGCUCCUGUUGAAACGAGUACUCCUCGUGUUGCUGCUGCUGCUUUCUAUCACUGUCUUGGGCUCGCCACCAAAUCUUUGAUUCGCUUAAAGCAAGAGACACCUUAUGCUGAUGUUUUCAUAUUCCCUGCUUGAGCAUUGCUCCAAUGAAUGUUGCAUGACUUGUGUAUCUUGUCGAGCCUGAUCGGCUCCUUAUUUGUGACCCUUAUUUUUGCGUAUGUAUCAAUUUCUUGUAGCCACACUGCUUUCAUGAUUUUUCCUGAUUGAAAUUCAUUUUGUGCCAACAAUGAUGAUGCUUGCGGCGAUUAUCCAAUGACCAGUCUUAAGGACGUAAUUACGAGGCGCGGAGCACGCUAGAGGCUGCCUAAAAUCAUGCAACCUUGAUCACAAUAUAGAAUGAAGAGCUAGAGCGAGGAUGUGAGUAUACUAGGCAACUCAGACGCCAGGUGUCAACGCUAUUAAUGG